AUGGCUCGUCCGAACCCAACUGCUGCGCACGCAGCGUCACCGUCCUACCGCUCGAGUAAGCCUCCGGCGGAGCCCGAGCCAACGGAGCCGCCGCCCCAGGAGCUGCUGGAGCCAGCACCCUCGCUGCGAGACAAGAAGCCCCAGCUGAAGGGCCCGCGCCCCGUGGGCUCCAGCGUUUCAGAUUCCAUCUCGCUCUCCUCGCCCGUCGCGUGCGCUUCGCCCCGCGAGGAGGUGGUGGGGCCGCCGGUGCCGCCCAACGUGGCCGCCCUGCCCGAGGAGUUGCGCAGCUUCCUGCUGGGGCGGAUGCCCACCACCAGACCUCGGCGGCGACGCGCCAUGCUCAUAUACGUGUGCGCGGCUGAUUCGCAAGACUGCUGUGCGGAGAAGGGCAUCUUGCAGUGCGGCGUGGCGGCCAAGCUGAGGGUGAGGGCGAGGCGGCGCGGCUGGCGGGUUCACGUAUCGGACUUACACUGGCGCUCACCAUUGGAGCAGCAGAGGGACCACCGCUUCCCGGUGCUCUGCAUCGCCGAGCUCACUCGUCAAUCGGAGCUAGGUGCCGUGGUGCCAGUUCUCUUCCUCAACUCCGGUCUUGGUACGCCCCUGCUUCCGCACACCCUGGAGUGCGCCGACUUCAAGGCCGCCCUGGAGGCGGCCGAAGACGAAAACGACCAGGCCCUGCUGAAUAAAUGGUACAGUCUAGACAACAGCAGCACGCCGCCUUGCUACCGGCUGGCGAGGGGCGCGCCCGCCCGGUGGCGCCGCGAGAUGGCGCGCGCGCUUAGCGUGCUGGUGCGCACCCUACCUCAGGAGGCGUGCGACGCUUACCUCACCACCGUCGUCGAGCAAGAGGUUCAACAUUCAGUACUGAUGAGCGCUGAGGCUGCGCGCCGCUGCGUGUGGGUAUGCCGCGCCGGGGCGGCACCGGAGCCCGACGCCGAGGGCGCAGACCCCGCCCACCACGCGGAGCUGCAGCGCCGGCUCGCCAACCUGCAGAAGGACCUCAAGUCGCACCUGAGCGAGCGAAACGUGAUCCGCGCGAGCGUCCGCGGCCGUCCCGCCAGCGACGAGGAGUACGCGGAGGGGGUGCGCGUGGCGCUCGCCGAGCGGCUCGGCGCGCUGCUCGACACGCUAAUCGCCGACAACGAGGUGCCAGCCGGCAGCUGCGGCGUUCCCACCAGUUUGUUCGACGAAAUAAACGAGCAUCUCGCCUUCUGCCAGAAAGCGGCGCAGUGCACUUCGAACAGAGAGAUCACACUGAACGAGCUUAAAACGUACGUGACGGGCGAGAGCUCGGUGCCGCUGGCGCUGCUGGGCGGCGCUGGCUGCGGCAAGGCGACACUCCUCGCGCGCGCCGCCUCCCUUGCGCAUACCUGGUUGCCCGAAGUUGCCCUCAUAGUGCGAUUCGUGGGCCUCACAUCCCAGUCGAGUAGUUCUCACCAGCUGCUGAAGUCUAUAGUCGACCAAUGUCAUGUUCUGCACACCGGCACCGUUUACCGAGGGCGUAAUGAAGCUGGUUCGCUUGGCCUGGCACUGGCACGUCUUCUGGCAGCCCUGGGACGUAAUCGGCCCGUGCUACUUUGCGUGGCAGCGGCGGACGCGCUGCGUGGCGCUCGCUGGCUGCCUUCAAAGCUACCAGACAACGUCAAGAUGCUCGUCACAGUCUCCGAAGAAGCGGACGAGCCGUCGUCCUCUGCCAUAAUGGCGGUGCUCUCGUCGGAGGACGGGCCGCGGGUGGUGCGCGCGCCCGGCGUCUGCGCCGAGGAGGCGCGCGCCGCUCUGGCCGCCUGCGCGGCUGCCUACUGCCGCACCGGCGUCACCGCGCCCCCUCCGCAGGCGAUCGAGGCGCUACGCGGGUGCACUCUGCCGCUCUACGCCAAGAUCCUAGCUUGGCAAAUAUCCUUGUCAGCGGAGACCUUCACUGAGCAAUCCGAACCGGAGACAGUGCCGGAGCUUGUCAUAUGCGAAGACCUGGAGAGUCAGCUCACCCAGAUCCUGGUGGCUACGGAGAACGCUUUGGGCGCAGACAGGGUGCGCGCCUGUCUCUCCCUACUCACCGCGUCCAGAAGGGGGCUCGAUGACACAGAGAUCCUGGACAUGCUGGCCCACGACGAACUCUUCAGAAGCGAGGAGACCUACCUUCCGUGGGCGCCGGCGUCGCUGAUGUGGCCGCAGCUGGCGGCGCUGCUCGCGCCGUGGCUGCGCUGGGAUGCGAGGGGCGCCGCGCGCUGGAGGGACGCAGCCCUAGCCGCGGCCGCCGCCGAGAGGUACCUCGCGCCGGCACCGGAGGAGCCUCGACGCGCCUUAGUCAACUACUACGAGGGUACCUGGUAUACAGAAAGCGAUCCGAAAAUGGCGGGUCGAUUGAUUUCCCAAGAAAACAAAUUCUCUGAGGAUUGCUACAAUACGAGGAAACUGGACGAGCUGCCGUACCAGCACUAUCAUCUUCUAAAAGACAACCCAGAAGCCUUUUCGGUUAAGCCCUACUUCACCAAACUGGACUGGAUCCACGACAAACUGGCCGCGACAGACUGCGGUCAUUUCCUGGAGGACAUUGCUCUAGUCCACAUAGACCCUCUCCCUGAACAUCUGGAAGUCCUUAAAGAUGUAUUCGAGACGCACUCCUACGCCCUUGACUACGACCACAGACAGUUCUACGGUCUGCUACGAGCUACGUUAGAGAAACGGAGGAGAGACGGUCUGGAGAUCCAGAGUGAAAUGGUGGAGGAGUGGCUGCGCCAGGUCUGGGACCCGCCCGUGCCCACGUUCUACCCCGUAAACGAAGACUUCUGGAGGGUGGUAGAGAACAGAGAGAAGAGGGACAUGUCCAUGGUGGAGGGCUUCGAUAGCAAGUCGUUCGACCUGAUAGUCAGAUUUGAAACUAGGGGGAAGUUCAUUGCGACGAUUUCGACCGAGAGGGAGGAGAUUUGCGUCUGGGACGUGUCGCGAUGUAAGCUGGUUCGUAAACUGGUUGGUGUGACGCACCCGAUAAACCUGGUGCCCAUCGACGAGUACCGUUGCGUGGUGCUGUGCCGUCGCGAGCUCAGGGUGUACGACCUGGAUCAGGGUAAAUUCGUGGUCACGUUGAAAGGUGUGAUGAACCAGAAGAUGCCGUAUUACGGCCUCCACGAUUCCAAGCAUCUGGUGACACUCUCCAGGAACCGGAUGUACGUGAACCUCAUGAACAUAGAAACCGGUGAUUGUGUGACGACGUUCAAAGCUGGCGAAGAUAGAUUCCUCAACUCGUUGCUUGUGUCCGGCGAUGGGAGAAUUCUUGUUUGCGGUGAUGAGACUCAGAAGCCGUUCCCUCUACUGGUCUGGUCUUUGACUUCGCGCAAGCUGCUCUACGAUCUCCGAAUACCACAUCACGAUUUCAUCACCUCGAAAGCGGCAAUCACGUACGAAGGCUCCUACGUGUGCGUGGUGUCGCGAGAGCUGGAGGAGCCCACGCCGAACUUCAUCGUGGUGUACGACCUGCAGUCGGGCACGCUGUUCAAGAAGUGGAAGCCGGGCUGCGACACCGUGGCGCUGGCCAUCAGCUCCGCCGACGGCUGCGUGGUCUCCGGCCUAGCGGACACCAGGAUCCUCGUGUGGGACCUGGUCACCGGUAACUGCCGGCUAACACUCCGAGGGCACGCUGCCUCGCCGUCUUUGCUCCGCCUUUGCCGCGCGGGGGCCGCCCUAUUAUCCGCCGACCGCAGCGGCAAGGACCUCUCCGUCCGCCUCUGGGACCUCCACACCGGCCAGCUCGUCGCCGUGUACACGCCGCCCGAGCGGAUAACAUCAUGCGAGGUGCUCUUAGGCGGGUCAGUCCUGGCCCUGGCGUUGGAGAACUACAAGGAGGUGGUGUGCGUGAAGCUGCACGGGCCCAGCGUAGACUCCGUGAGGAGCGGCCGCGAGUGCGAAUACGACGAUAGAGGCUACGGCAACGAGGAGUACGAGGGCAGGACGUUCGACGUCAGGGGCACGGAGAACUGC